AUGCCGUCUAGAGGAGCAAAACCGCUGCUUACGUUGCCUAAGGGAAGGUCAUGUGGCUCUGGGAUGCCCUUCUCUUAUACCAUGUAUGCACUGCCAAGGGAGCCACCACUUGCUCGUAUGCAUGAAAGCCUCCUUGAGCAUCCAUGGUAAGACAAGCAACAACCAAGAAAAUCAUUCACAACCAAGCGCGACUCUUGAAUCGAGUCCCGCCAACCAUUUAAUUACGACCAAACAAUUGACCCCUCAAGCGGUCAAACAACCAAAUCAACCAUUUUCUUCUAAGGCCAAUCAGAAUAAAGGCCAGGAGCCAGGCGCUUGUCGUAAAACCAAAAAGACCGCGCCUGCCU